AGGUGGAGGCCGCAGAAGGCCUAGGACAAGCAGAGGCAGCAAUGAUUGGUCCUGACGGUGGCUGAGCCCCCAGCCCCUGGAAUAUGCAGCCCGGGGGAGCCCCAGGCAAGGACGCGGUGGCGGAGUGGGGCGGGAGGCAUGGUCUCCACCUACCGGGUGGCUGUGCUGGGGGCACGAGGUGUGGGCAAGAGUGCCAUCGUGCGCCAGUUCUUGUACAACGAGUUCAGCGAGGUCUGUGUGCCCACCACCGCCCGCCGCCUCUACCUGCCUGCUGUGGUCAUGAACGGCCAUGUGCACGACCUCCAGAUCCUAGACUUCCCGCCCAUCAGCGCCUUCCCCGUCAACACGCUGCAGGAGUGGGCAGAUGCCUGCUGCAGGGGACUCCGGAGCGUCCACGCCUACAUCCUGGUGUACGACAUCUGCUGCUUUGACAGCUUCGAGUACGUCAAAACCAUCCGCCAGCAGAUCCUGGAGACAAGGGUGAUCGGCACCUCGGAGACCCCCAUCAUCAUCGUGGGCAACAAGCGGGACCUGCAGCGCGGGCGCGUGAUCCCGCGCUGGAACGUGUCGCACUUGGUGCGGAAGACGUGGAAGUGCGGCUACGUGGAGUGCUCGGCCAAGUACAACUGGCACAUCCUGCUGCUCUUCAGCGAGCUGCUCAAGAGCGUCGGCUGCGCCCGCUGCAAGCACGUGCACGCCGCCCUGCGCUUCCAGGGCGCGCUGCGCCGCAACCGCUGCGCCAUCAUGUGACACGC